CAGCGAAAGGUUAUCCAGAUCCUACCAAACACACGCAUUUGGGAGGUGCAACAAACGUUAUUUCUGUGACAUGUUGAACAUAUUCAAUACAUACUGUGUGAAAUAUGUUACUACUUAGUAUUCCAAAGCAAUUAGCAUGUCAGGCUAAUAGCUUUUAAUUAAGGGUGAAGUACAAGGACUUCAACCCCUAAAACCAGUCCAAUAUAUGAUGGUUCCGACCCAAGUCUAUCUGCUCCCUUUGCAAAAUUGCCACAUCACCGUGACCACAUCGCUGCACGAGCCUGACUGUUAUCAGACGAUACAAACCUCAUUGCCGCAAAGAUGCCGAGCUACAAGCUUUACUACUUCAACGGCCGGGGUCGUGCAGAGCCCACCAGGCUGAUGCUGGCGGCUGCCGGGCUGCCUUACGAGGACAUCCGCAUGGAGCCUGAGCAAUGGCCGGAAUACAAAAAAAAGAUGCCGAUGGGCCAGGCGCCUGUCCUGGAGGUGGAUGGUCGUACCAUGAUCUCUCAGAGCAUUGCCAUCGCGAGGUUUGUCGCCAAGGAGUCAGGACUGGCGGGAAAGACGAACAUGGAGCAGGCUCGGGCCGACAUGAUGGUGGACGGGUUUGUGGACAUGGUCAACAAAAUGGCGGAUUAUGUCUGGUAUGAACCGGACGAGGCUCGAAAGGCAGAAAAAAAGAAGACGUUCUUUGAAACAACGCUCCCAGAAUUCCUCGGUCAUUUUGAGAAGCUCCUUGUGGCGAAUAACGGCGGGAACGGCUUCUUUGUCGGUGACGGGCUCACCCACGCCGAGGUGUUUUUCCUGGGCCUGUCAGACGACAUUACGGCGGAGAAACCGGACAUCCUCAGUCCCCACCCGAAGUUAGCCGCGCUCGUGGACCGCAUCAGAAAGUACCCGGGCAUACAGGAGUGGCUGGCCAAACGUCCACAGACUCCAUGGUAAUAAGGGAGUCACAAAUAAGACUGCACUUGCUCAGUGUGUUGCAUUGUGGGUAUUACGUCAACUGUGAAGACCCACAGAACGUAAACAAAUAUGUCUAAACAAGGUCAUUGGUAUAAAACAUGGUUUUAUGCGUUUUGUUUAU